AAAGGCUGCUGGUACUCGGCUGUCAUGGCUCCGGACGUAAACACAGCGCCAUGAACAACCACACAUGUUGUUGUAGUACUUAGCCGUACAAACUGCAGCUACAUUUUAACGGUAGUGAUCAGCGAGAGAAACAAGUGCCAGGUCAAAACAUGUCCGGGGGAAACAAAGCCAUUGAGUUACAGCUUCAGAUGCGGCAAAAUGCGGAGGAUCUGCAUAGCUUCAUGACGGAGCUGGACAGCUGGGAGACAGACAUGAAAAAGAAGGAUGAGGAGCUGAGGACGGGAGAACAAGAGGCCCAGAAGAAGCUCCCACCUGUGCGCAACAAAGACUACAAAACAAAGAUGAGGGAAAGGAAGAAGAAGAAGAAGGAGCCAACAAGCAACGGUGACGCAAAGGCAGAGGAGCCCAAAGAAGCCUCAAGGAUCAAAGCAUACGACUAUAGAUCAUGGGACAAGUUUGACGUGAACAAAGCUCUGUCAGAGAUGGAUAAGGAGGAAAGUCCUGCAGAGUCAAAUGAGUCAGACUCUGAGGAAGCUACAGCUGAUCAGGAGAAAGCGCAGUCUGAGAGAGAAAAGGGCAACGUGUUUUUCAAAGAUGGGAAGUACGACGAUGCUGUCGAGUGUUACACCAGAGGGAUGGGUGCCGAUCCUUACAACCCUGUGCUUCCCACAAACAGAGCUACCGCCUUCUUCAGACUCAAAAAGUAUGCUGUGGCAGAGUCUGACUGCAACUUGUCGAUAGCUCUGGACAGCAACUACUUCAAAGCGUACGCAAGGAGAGGAGCAGCACGGUUUGCACUGAAGAAAUAUGAAUCUGCAUUAGAAGAUUAUGAGACGGUUCUCAAGCUUGACCCCGGGAACGUGGAGGCACAGAAUGAAGUGAAAAGAAUCAAAGAGACUCUCGGUCAUCCGGCACCAGCCCCCCCGAGUGGAGCCACACAGCCACAGGAGGUUCCCACAGUGGACCCUGAGCAGCAGAGACUGAUAGAGGAACAGCAGAGACGACAGGAGGCGGCUGUACAAAAAGACAGAGGAAACGCCUAUUUCAAAGAGGGGAAGUAUGAAGCCGCUGUUGAGUGCUACAGCAGAGGCAUGGAGGCUGACAGCAUGAACGUCCUGCUGCCCGCCAACAGAGCCAUGGCCUUCCUCAAGCUGGAGAAGUAUAAGGACGCAGAGGAGGACUGCACCAAAGCAAUUUCUCUGGACAGCACUUACUCCAAGGCUGUCGCCCGCCGUGCCACAGCCAGAGUAGCUUUAGGGAAACUGGAGGAGGCCAAACAAGAUUUUCAGGAGGUGUUGAAACUGGAACCAGGGAACAAGCAGGCCCUGAACGAGCUCCAGAAACUGAAGAUUGACGUGGCCUCCAGCGGCCUUCUUCAGACACCAGACGGCACACAGAGAAGAACCGUUCAGCCAAUAGACAAACCAACACAUCUGCGGUCAACUAAACCUCUGAGGAGGAUUGAUAUCGAGGAAGUGAGCGGCAAGGCGACAGUGUCUGAGGUGGAGUCAGGUGGGUCCAAAUUCUUGGUCCAGGGCGUUGAGGAGGCUGAGGACGAAUCGUCUCCGCUGUCGACGUCACCCAGCGCCAAGAUCAUCAAGAUUGAGGAGAUCGCAGAAGUCCCCUCCCACUCAACUGAUCCCCUCCCUGCGAGCAGGCAGACCAAACAGCCAGAGCAGAAGAAAAUCUUUCAUCCUCCUGAACCGUCAGCCAGCCCCUCCCCAACAGUAGCAGACCUGCCUCCUCCACCCACCAACAGCUUCCAGCUGGAGGCCGACCUCCGCAAGAUCGGAAACCAGCCUGAAGCGAUUUACAGAUAUCUGAGGCAAAUCAAACCCGAGGCGUUCACAAACAUUUUCCAAAACUCCCUUGAACCGGACAUUCUUAAUCAGCUCGUGAGGACACUGCACGGUUUCUAUAUCAAGAACGAGGCACCGGCCAUCACACUGGAGAUCCUCAGGAGCCUGGCGAGUGUGAGGCGCUUCGACAUGGCUGUCAUGUUCCUGUCGUCCCCGGAGAAGAAAGUGCUUAAAGAACUGUUUGACUUCCUUCACCAAGCAGAGCUGGAGGGAUCGUCUGUCGCAACCUUACAGAAGAAGUACGGUGUGUGACGACACAAGCUCUAUAGACAUUACCUUUUAAAACACAGUACUACAUUAUUUUCAAAACCAAAGGAACAAUGUAGUUAUAUUCUACUACUAAAUAAACUUAAAUUGACUAUAAUUCAGUUGGACAGCUGUGUUUUGGCCCUGUGGAAAUACAAUGUUAUCUAGUUUCUCGCUUCAUAACACUGAUUUGAUCUAAAGUCAGAAAUUCACAGAUUGUUGAUUGUAAUUCUGACCUUGGUUCAUUUUAGAGUUAAAGUUGAUAUAGACAGAGAUCUCCAGUGUAGAUUCCUGUCCCUAAUGCAAAAGUUAAUAUCAUUAGUCACGAUAUUAAUCAAAUAAAAAUCUGCAACGUUUCUGUGUAGAUGUUUAACCAUUUACUCCACAACUGUUUUAAUAAAUGUAUCAGCAUGCAAACUUGAAAAAAUAGGCGAUUAUACCCCUGCCAGAAGUAAUGUUCUAUAAACAGGAAAUGGGAGUUUCCAAUUACCCUAUACGUUUUUAAUGCAGCACACGUAUGGGUUGGUCUCUGUGAGCCCUGUUUGAAUAAUCCUCCCAUGUUAAACCGGCUCUGUUUGACUGUCGAGAACUGUAUUCUGCAAAUGCACAUUUUAAGUCUCAUUUUAGAAGCUGAAUAAAAAUGAAAGGUGUGUUUUGUAAUGUUUGUGUGCGU